AUGGACAACCAGUACAACAAUGCAGAAUACCCCGCUGCAUACCCACCGAACGUGCCCAGUCAAUCCGGUCAGCCCAUUCAGCCAAAUCAUACAAACCAGCUGGACCAAAAUGACAUAAACAAGCAGAUGUACGACUACUAUUACUACAACAGUAACCCCGAUGGGGCUAUGGGUAACAAGAGGGUUUAUAAUAGUAUGCCGGGAGAUGUCCCCUUCGAUGGAAACUAUGGCAUGAAUUACGGAUACAUGGACCCGUCCUUCUAUCACAUGAACAGUGGAAUGCACGCGAUGGGUAGUAUGAUGAACUCAUACAGUAACGCCAUGAGUAGAUUCCCAAGCAGAAUGGAAGAACACCCGAAUAGCUACAGAUAUAGCAAUCUAGACCAUACCUUUAGAGGGGGUAUGAAAUAUAAACUCGGUGCAAACAAUGCAUCUAGUAGCUCCUACCAUUCAUCUCUAGCUAAUUACAACAAUGAAGAAAAAAAAAACAUCCUCGAAAUGACAAACACCACAACGUACAAUGUUAAUACGUUACUCAGAAAUAAUAUUUUAUCGUCUGAAUAUUUCAGAUCGCUAGUUCCAAUGAAAACUUUUAAGGAGGUAGUAGACGAAAUUCAUUUAUAUGCCGACCAUGUGGAACCCUACUGCAUUGGAAGUACAAGGGCCCCCUCGACUCUUUUUUGCUGCCUCUACAAGUUGUUCACUAUGCAUUUGUCGGAGAAGCAGAUGAAGGUGUUGAUUGAAAGUCGAGACUCCUGCUACAUACGAGCAUGUGGAUUUUUGUAUUUGAGAUAUGUCCACUCGCCUGCCAAUCUGUGGAUGUGGUUCGAACCCUACCUCCUGGAUGAAGAUCUGUUUGUCACAUCAGCUGACAAACGAAAGAAGCAGACGAUAGGCGAGUACAUUCAGUGCCUCCUGGCGGACGAUAAAUAUUUCAACACAGUCCUGCCGAGGAUGCCUAUAAAAAUAAAAAACACCUAUGGUGCACGACUCAUGUUGAUGAAUGACCAUAGGAGGAGGCUCAAAAGGAACAAGGAGAAGAUGCACAAAUUUGUGAAGGGAGAACCCGUUAUGGCCUAUGUCAACGGCGAGUGGGAGAAGGGCGAAAUAGGAGGCAUCGUGAAUCACGGGAAGGAAAAAAUUUUGGUCAGAAUCAGAAAAAUCGAUGGGAACGAAAAGCUCGUUAAUAUGGGAUACGUGAAGCUGGGCUCGAAGGACCCCGACAGGGAAGAGGACACAGAAAGGGAGGAUGCCACCGAAAGGAGCCGAAUCAGAAGCAAAAAUGAGAAAACGCACAGAAGGAGUAGCAGGAGUAGGAGUGGGAAAAGAAGGAGGCGAAGAAGCAGAAGUAGAAGCAGGGGCAGGGACAGAAGCCGGGACAGGAGCAAAAGCCGGGACAGGAGCAAAAGCCGGCAUAGGGGUAGACACAAGGAUAGGAGUCGUGAUCGGGAUAGGAGUCGCGAUCGGGAUAGAAGUCGAGACCGGGAUAGGAGUCGCGAUCGGGAUAGGAGUCGCGAUCGGGAGAGACGCAGAAAGAGACGAACGAGUGAAGAACGGAACGAAAAAAAACACUCCUCACACGACAAAUCGCAUAGAGACCACCGGGAUAGGUCACUCACAAAAAGAGAAAGAAAAUCGUACGAAGAAUCGCACAGGAAAAAGGACAUGUCUGCAUCGAGAUCGUCCAGGUCGUACAGCUCCGGAGAAGACAGUAAAGCACAUAGAACAGACAAAUACGAAAUGAAUGAAAACGAAUUAAUUAACAAAUUUAGAAAAAUAGAAAGCCAAAAGGCACUCGCUACUGGAAAGGAUUAUGCCCGCAGACCUACAUCAUACAAAUCAUCUCUCACCAUAAGGGUGGAGAAUAUACAAACGAGAAAAAAAUCCAUUUCUAGAUCUCCCAAAAGAAUAGACAAAACAGUGAGUCAUUCUCAGAAAGAUGAAAAGGACAGUGAAAAUGCUGCAAUGGAAAACUCCAAAUUGAUGCAGCUAAUGCAAAAGUAUAACAAAGAGGACGAUGGUGAGGAGAAAAACAAAAUGAACGCAGGAGAUAUGGAUGAAAUGGAUGUCAUGACAUUGGGGUAA